UAAUCUGUACAUACCAUUUCCUUCGAUUUCUCUAGUUUUCUAAUCUAUUUGCCUUUAAGUUUUGUGUCUAUGUCGAAAAUAUCCAAAGAUAGAUGCUGCAGGUUUUACCUAAUUACCAGCCCUAAAUCUGCAAAUCAAAUACCCAACCUUAAAUCAUGCCGUAUGAUGUCAGUCAUGCUUGCUCAACGUCUUGAUGAAAGCUAUGCCCUUGGGUUUGCAGGUGAUUUCUCUACUAAGGCAGCGUAUCUUGCCGAGAGAUGGAAUGGAUCCUUGAAUGUUCUGGGCAUUUCAGGAAUGUUUUGCCUGAGUUUGGUGCCUUACGGUAUUAUCAAAUGUGUUGGAGAGAUCGACGCCACAGCCAUGGCCAACUACUUGAUGCUUCUUUCUAAGGUAGGCAAGUUCGGUUAAUACCGAGAUAAAAAAAAACUGAAUAUCAAAAUUUUUGAUAUCCAAUACCGAGAAAAUAAAAGGAUUCCAGUACU